CCCAGCGGACAGGGCUGGAGAUAGAGCGGUUUCACGGUGCUCAGGCUCCUCCCCCCGCUUCCGCCGCCCGGGCAGCUGCUGGCUGAUAGCGGCCUCUCUCAGCAGCAGGAUGGCCGGGCGGACGGACCGGGCUCCGCUGCUGGACUGGGCCGAGGGGCCGGCGGUGAGCCCCGCUGCGCCGGAGGCGGAGGAGGCAGAGAAGUGGCCCCGUGGGUAUGGGGCCGGCUGGAGCCGCAGGCCCCCGGGGGAGCUCUCCCCUCUGCCCCAGCUGGAGGAUGAUCACAUUGUGGCUGUCUUCGUGGUCACCUUCGACUCCCGGAGCGGGAACAUCGUGGAGUGGUGUCUACCUCAGGACAUGGACCUGGAAGGGGUGGAAUUCAAAUCCAUGGCCAGCGGCUCGCACAGAGUCCAGUCGGAUUUUAUUUACUUCCGCAAAGGCUGCUACUUCGGCCUGGCUUGCUUUGCCAACAUGCCUGUGGAGAGUGAGCUGGAGAGAGGAGCCCGGAUGAAGUCCGUGGGGAUUCUGUCGCCCUCUUACACACUCCUGUAUCGGUACAUGCACUUUCUGGAGAACCAAGUCCGGCACCAGCUGGAGAUCCCAGGUCAUUACACCCCACUGGAGGCAUUCUAUGAAGACAAGAAGGGGGUGCUACCAGCUGGAGUCAAUCCCCAGGCCUGCCAACCUACUGUACACUGGCUGUCCUCUAUACACAAGCACCUGUACCCGGAGAUGAAGAUCACCCACCCCGCCGGCUGCAUGUCCCAGUUCAUUAAGUUCUUUGGCGAGCAGAUCUUCGUCCUGUGGAAGUUCGCGUUGCUACGGAAACGUAUCCUGAUUUUCUCACCGCCUCCUGUGGGCGUGGUCUGCUACCGAGUUUACUGCUGUUGCUGCCUCGCUAAUGUCACUUUACCGGGAGUGGGAGCCUCUGCUCCGGAAUCCAAGCCUUUCUUCUAUGUAAACGUGGCGGAUAUAGAGACCCUCGAUGACGAAGUUUCCUACGUAGCCUGUACAACCGAGAAGAUCUUUGAGCAGAAGCAGGACCUCUACGACGUCUACGUAGACAACCAAAAUGUGAAGACCCACCUGGAACAUCUCCAGCCCCUUCUGAGGAUCAACAGCGCAGACAAGGAGAAAUAUCGGCGGCUCAAUGACCAACGGCAGCUGCUGAUGUACACGCGGGAGGUGGACGGAGACUGUACGUCCUGCGAGGAGGAGGAUCUCUUCAUUUUAUUCUUCAUGGAGCAGAAUAACCGGAUAUUCCAGACCCUGCUGGAGGUGGCGUCCAGCCAAGAUAAGACUCUGACUGCUGACCAUGCCCGUAGUAUGGGCCUGGACCCGCAAGGUGACCGGAACUUUCUUCUGGACCUUCUGGAAGUCUACGGAUUUGAUCUUAUGCUGGUCAUUGACAACCCUUGCUGCCCCUGACUGGCUGCGCGGACCAUGGCGAGCUGUGUCUCUUGUGUAAAUAUUCUGACACAGGCUGGGGGAAUUACGUCUCCCUCGGCCAAAACGGAACAGUCUGUGGAUUAUGUCGCACGUAAGAUACGCAAUAAUAACAUUACAGGAGCACGGUUACAGAGGGAUCAAUCCGCCCUACAGAAAUGUACAGUGUAGCAGUCACCAUGGCACUGCUGGUGGUGGCCAUUUUGUGCUCUGAACCAACAUUCAUAACCAUGCAUGCCCCUGUGAUGUCACUGGUUCCUAGUGAAGUGAUUGGUUGCGUCUUGGUUUAGGCACACAUGGCUGCCUCCAUGAGCCGUAGUAGGCUGGCCCGCUGUAAACAUCUAGAAUUCUGCAAAACAGAUUUUAAUUAAUAAGCUGCACAUAAACACUUUCCUGAGGCCUUUACUGUGGUGCAGUUUGAGACCUUUAUGGAGGCUGGUGCCUAAGUGAUUAUGCCUACAAUGUGCUGUUACCCUUAGCAACCAGAAUGUCACUUUAAAAUGAGCAUCUUUUUGUUUAUGACCCGCACACCUGUGUGUCACCAUUUUAGAAGUGGGUGGGACUAGAAUACAUUGUAGCCAAUCGGGAAUGUUCCCAGCAGGACAGAUUAUUUCUUGUCGUAUACUGGGCAUGUCCACUUGUGGUAUUGUGGACGACAAGGCUGCAUGUGAUGCUAUCAUGAUGUGAGGAGGGGAAUGAAGGCAACAGGAUGCCACAGACAGAGUUUUAUAUAGUGGCAGGAGCAGGGUCCCCAGCAGCACAGAGUAUAUCAGGAGAUGAGUGAUGUGUCAGUGAGGACAGGGCUGCAUGUGACAUGAUGUGAGGAGGGGAAUGGAGGCAGCAGGAAGCCACAGACAGAGUUAUAUAGUGGGAGGAGCAGGGUCCCCAGCAGCACAGAGUAUAUCAGGAGAUGAGUGAUGUGUCAGUGAGGACAGGGCUGUAUGUGACAGGAACAGUGACAUGAUGUGAGGAGGGGAAUGGAGGCAGCAGGAAGCCACAGACUGAGAGUUAUAUAGUGGGAGGAGCUGGAUUCCCGCAGAGUAUAUCGGGCGCUAAGAGGCAACAGGAAGCCUUGAGACUGAGGGCUAGAUUUACUAUUUCUCUAUAGUUUUGACCCUGAAAUUUAAAACUGCAGUAAUAUAAAAUGCAAGAUGCACGUUGGAUGUGUUUUACCAUUUUCAAAUAUUGAGGGUGGAUUGCUGAACAUUGGCUGCUUUCAACGUCACUGCUUAGUAAAUGUAGCCCUGGCGGUUAUAUAGUGGGAGGAUCAGGGUCCCCAACAGCACAGAGUAUAUCAGGAGAUGAGUGAUGUGUCAGUGAGGACAGGAGUGCAUGUGACAGGGGCAGUGACAUGAUGUGAGGAGGGGAAUGGAGGCAGCAGGAAGCCACAGACUGAGAGUUAUAUAGUGGGAGGAGCAGGGUCCCCAGCAGCACAGAGUAUAUCAGGAGAUGAGUGAUGUGUCAGUGGGGACAGGGCUGCAUGUGACAUGAUGUGAGGAGGGGAAUGGAGGCAGCAGGAAGCCACAGACUGAGAGUUAUAUAGUUGAAGAAGCAGCAUCCUCAGCAGCACAGAGUAUAUCAGGAGAUGAGUGAUGUGUCAGUGAGGACAGGACUGCAUGUGAAAGGGGCAGUGACAUGAUGUGAGGAGGGGAAUGGAGGCAGCAGGAAGCCACAGACUGAGAGUUAUAUAGUGGAAGGAGCAGGGACCAGCAGCACAGAGUAUAUCGGGAGAUGAGUGAUGUGUUAGUGAGGAGACUCCGUCUGUGGCUUCCUGCUGCCUCCAUUCCCCUCCUCACAUCAUGUCACUGCUCCUGUCGCAUGCAGCCCUGCAUGUGACAGGAGCAGUGACAUGAUGUGAGGAGGGGAAUGCAGGAAGCCACAGACUGAGAGUUAUACAGUGAAGGAGCAGGGUCCCCAGCCGCACAGAGUAUAUCAGGAGAUGAGUGAUGUGUUAGUGAGGACAGGGCUGCAUGUGACAGGGGCAGUGACAUGGUGUGAGGAGGGGAAUGGAGGCAGCAGGAAGCCACAGACAGUUAUAUAGUGAAGGAGCAGGGUCUCUCUGCGUCGCAGAGUAGUGAUUUCAGGCUCCUGUGAAACUGAUGCAGGAAGAUUGUGGUGCCAGACUCUCUAUUACAUAGAUUGAAGCUUAUACAUCUAGCAAAGUUUAGACAGUGAAAGCACCCCUGUGAUUGGUUACUAUGGGUUACACCACUUUUACCUGUGUACCAGUUUGUAUAGAGGCUCCAAUGCAUCCAGUUGUUCUUAUCCUUCAUUCCCAUGGAACGAGGUUCGGCCACCUCCUAUUAUUGUACCGAUGCGCUAUUGACGGUAGUUAUUUCCAAACACGGGGAACCUUGCCAAUUGGAGCAAAAAGAAUUUAUGCGGCUUUUAUAUCUGGAGCCCCUCAAACACUAUUAGUGUGUAACAUACACUGUACAUCUAUGCUGGAUGCACACUGAGUGAUGUGGACAAUGUAUAUCAUUCCGAUCCCCCUCUGAGUGAUAUAUGGUCUAAUAUGUCGCUUGAUGUGUACCCAGCCCUAGAUUUGGGUGGUACAUGUCCAAAACCUAAUCUAAAUUGCAGUGAGUCAAUUAAGCUAGCCAGAAUGCGUGAGUUACAGGCAAACGCAGCCAGUAUUUACCCUGCAUACAAAAACGUACUGCAUUUGCUGCCUCUUUUUCUGCAUUCCUCCCAACCUGGAACCAGCCCCUGUAUGUUUUGAACCCAUGUCUUGUGUAACAUGGGGUUUUAUCGGCCGUGACCUCUGCUCUGUACUGGCUGCUCCCGUCGAGGUUGGGGGACCACAAGGAUCAAGUAACCUAAUAAUAAACAUUGCUAUUGACUUUUAAAUCUCGCUGAGCCCAGCUUGGAACCACUGGAAUAACUACUGCGUUUUUAUAAAUAUAUAUGUAACUUAAAUGGUUUGUAAAAAGAAGAAAAAACAAUGUCAUGGUUAAAAUGAAUGCUAAUUUAAUUAAAUAACAUAGUGAUUUAAA